AUGUGGUUUGGAUGGCUUCCGGUGACGGUCGUGUUAACAGCUGUCGCCGCUGCUGAAAAGGAGUGGGCACACUCGCCUCCAUACUACCCCUCGCCCUGGGCAUCAGGUGAAGGAGAAUGGAAAGAUGCAUAUCAAAAAGCGCGUGAAUUUGUCUCGCAGUUGACACUGCAGGAGAAGGUCAAUCUGACCACUGGAGUUGGCUGGACACAAGAAGCUUGCGUUGGCCAGGUUGGGUCAAUUCCUAGAUUGGGAUUCCAUUCAUUGUGUAUGCAAGAUGGUCCGCUUGGUAUUCGCUUUGCGGACUAUGUCACCGCAUUUCCGGCUGGUGUCAACGUCGGCGCGACGUGGAGCAAACAAUUGGCGUAUCUGCGCGGCAGAGCAAUGGGAGCAGAGCAGCGUGACAAAGGUGUCGAUGUGCUCCUGGGGCCUGCAAUUGGACCCUUGGGACGAUCUCCUGAUGGAGGGCGUAAUUGGGAAGGAUUCGGCCCAGACCCAGUGCUCUCAGGCCAUCUAGUUGCUGAAACAAUCAAGGGAAUUCAGAAUGCCGGAGUUAUUGCUUGCGCCAAACAUUUGAUUGUCAAUGAGCAAGAACGUUUUCGCCAGGCACCCGAAGCGCAAGGAUACGGGUUUAACAUCUCUGAAAGCUCUAGCUCUAACGUUGACGAUGUCACAAUGCAUGAGCUCUACCUUUGGCCAUUUGCCGAUGCAGUGCGCGCCGGAGUCGGCUCUGUGAUGUGCUCUUACAACCAAAUCAACAACAGUUAUGGAUGCUCCAACAGCUACACUCAAAAUAAGCUCCUUAAAGGCGAACUUGGUUUCCAAGGUUUCAUCAUGAGCGACUGGCAAGCACAUCAUAGCGGUGUUGGCGAUGCGUUGGCUGGUCUGGAUAUGUCAAUGCCAGGAGACACUCUCUUUCUAACUGGAAGGUCAUAUUGGGGCCCGAACCUUACGAUUGCUAUUACGAACGGCACCAUCCCCCAGUGGAGACUUGAUGACAUGGCAACCCGGAUCAUGACAGCCUACUAUAAAGUUGAUCGCGCCAGACACUACGUCCCGAUCAAUUUCAACUCUUGGACACGCGAUGAGUUUGGAUAUGUGCACUCAGGAUCUAAAGAGCGCUUUGGUCGCGUUAACCAGAUGGUCAAUGUCCGCCGCAACCACGUCGUUGUUGCUAGGAAAGUGGCGAGUGCCAGCACGGUGCUCCUCAAAAACAAGAACCAGGCACUUCCAUUGACAGGAAAAGAAAAGUUCACUGCUGUCAUUGGCGAAGAUGCGGGUCCUAAUCUCUGGGGUCCAAAUGGUUGCCCCGAUCGAAAUUGCGCCAACGGAACCCUUGCAAUGGGCUGGGGAAGCGGAACUGCAGAUUUCCCGUACCUUAUCACCCCUGCGCAGGCUAUCGAGAACGAGAUUGUGGCAAAGGGAGUUGGGAAUGUCAUGUCUGUAUUCGACAACUAUGCGAACACCCAAAUCAAAACUGUCGUGACCCAGGCCACCACUUCGCUUGUAUUCGUAAACGCCGGCUCGGGAGAAGGGUUUAUCAAUGUUGAUGGAAAUGAGGGAGAUCGAAAGAACCUGACUCUUUGGAAAAAUGGAGAUGCGCUGAUCAAAAAUGUUGCAUCCAUGUGUAACAAUACCAUUGUUAUUAUGCACACUGUCGGCCCCGUAUUGAUUAACGAAUGGUACGACCAUCCUAAUAUUACAGCCAUUUUGUGGGCCGGCCUCCCAGGGCAAGAGAGUGGAAAUGCGCUUGCAGAUGUGCUCUACGGGCGAGAAAACCCAGGCGCCAAAACACCUUUCACCUGGGGUAAGAAGGCAGAGGACUAUGGUGCUACUAUCCUGAAGCAACCUAACGCUGGCACCAAAGCCCCCCAAAUAGAUUUUAAGGAGGGUAUUUUCAUCGACUAUCGAAAAUUCGACAAGUCGAAUACGAAGCCUUUGUAUGAAUUUGGGUUUGGGUUGAGUUACACGAAUUUCACGUUCUCUGGGCUUCAAAUCGAGCCUCUAAGCCCGGGUCCGUACACACCCACGACGGGUCAGACCAGCGCCGCCCCAAGCCUGGGAAACACCACCACUAGCUUGUUGUUCCCUGGUGGAUUUGAAAAAAUUCGACUGUACAUCUACCCUUGGCUGAAUACCACAGAUCUCAGAGAAGCCUCUAUGGAUCCUGACUAUGGGUUGCCGACGCAUCAGUAUGUACCCAAAGGGGCGACUGAUGGAACUCCACAACCUAAGCUCCCAGCAGGGGGUGGCCCAGGAGGAAACCCUGGUCUAUACAAAGAUCUUUACAAAGUAUCUGUUACUAUCACGAAUACGGGCAAAAGAACUGGAGACGAGGUUCCACAGCUGUAUGUGUCUUUGGGUGGCCCCAAUGAUGCCAAGGUUGUUCUUCGUGCGUUCGACCGGGUGACUCUCCGCCCAGGCCAAAGUACCGUGUGGAAGACCACGUUAACUCGACGAGAUGUCUCCAACUGGGACCCUGCCACGCAAAAUUGGGUGGUGACGAACCACACCAAGAUGGCCUACGUUGGAAAUUCCUCAAGAAACCUCCCACUCUCCGCUCCUCUCGUUCCGACCAAAGGUUAG